UUCGAUAUGUUUUGACAAAGAUGUUAUUAUUGCAUGAAUGCGUACAUUAUUACGUAAUGCUGUUGAUAACGCAGAGUCUCGUGAUAACGCUGAUGACAGUCUAAAACCUUUAACAAGAAUAUUUCGAUAUAUAGAAUAUAUAUACUGUAAUUUGUGUGCUGUCCUAGGGUUAGAAAGUUUCAAUCAUGGCAUACCCGAGCGCAAUGUACGGCUCCACUGAUCCAGGAUCAGGAAUAAAUCCCGAGAUACAACGGUGGUUCUCCACAGUGGACAGGGACAGAAGUGGACGAAUAACUGCUGCAGAAUUACAAUCUGCAUUGGCCAAUGGUCAAGGGGGUACUUUCUCUGACACAGCGUGCAAAUUAAUGAUUGGCAUGUUUGACAAAGAAAAUAAUGGCACUAUAAAUAUAACGGAAUUUCAAGCUCUUUACAAUUACAUAAAUGCUUGGCUUGGUGUAUUUCGUGGUUUUGAUCAUGAUAAUUCAGGUAGUAUUCAAGAGAAUGAAUUAAGCGCAGCCCUGACACAAAUGGGCUAUAAGCUUAGUCCAGAGUUUAUUCAAUUUCUCAUAAAAAAGAGCGAUGUUCGCAGUCAUCAGUCUAUUACUAUCGACCAAUUUAUAGUAUUGUGUGUUCAAAUACAAAGGUUUACAGAUGCAUUUAGAACAAGAGAUACGCAACAAACUGGAACAAUCACUAUUGCAUUUGAAGACUUUCUAGGAGUAGCUCUUAGUUGCAAUAUAUAGCGUCUUCAUAUUUUGAUA